AUGGGGGCUGCGCCGCCCCGCCGGCGCCCGCAGGGGGCGCGCGCGCUCUCGGGCCGCCCGGCGGCGCGCGCCGCCUCCUCCUGCUCGUUCCCCGCCCCUGCCCGGGCCGGCGGCGCGCGCGCGGCGCUCCCUGCACAGCGCGAGGGGCUCGCGCGGCGCGGGGGGGGCGAGACAAAAGGCUCGGGCGGCCGAGGCGCGCGCGCGGCCGCGCGAGCCCCGCCCGGGCCCGGCCGCCACGAGGCGCUGCGGCCGCGGAGCCGCCGCGGGAAGGGGCGUGCGCGGCGCGGCGGCAGCAGCCGGGAGGGACGGGGGUCCGGCGGCGGCUCCGGGCUGCCGGCUCCGUCCGUCCCUGUGUGUUUGGAGCGGAGGAAAGAUGGCAGCGGCUGCACUUCCUCUUGCACUUUCACCCCUGGGGGGAGGAGAAGGAGGGGGCGAUACCACCCCCCCUACAAAAAUCCAGCGGGGGCCCCCCGGCUGCUGCUCCCCGACCAAGCGCCGCCGCCGCCGGCCCCGGUCCGGGCCCCGCCCGCUUCGACGCACCCUCACCACCGGCGCCGCAAACUUUCCUCUCUUCUUUGGACGAGAAGACCCCCACCCUAUUCACAGAGACCCCCCCCUCCAGCCACUCGGGCUCCCCCCCUGCCCCCCCGCUUCCUGCCCCCCUCCCUCCCCGCAUCCGCCAAUCACCGAUCCUCCAAUGCCGAGCCGGCAGCGAGGCCCCCCCCCUCGCGGCUCGUGGGGGUGGUAGGGCUGCGCUCGCCCCCUCCCCCAAAUAUCCGGGCUGCAGCUCGCCCCCGAGACCCCCCUCCCGCUGGAGAGAGGAGGAGGGGCCGGCGGGGGGGCUGCAGGCAACCUUCCCCCCUCCCCAGGCGCGAAUCGUCCAAUGCAAACCCUCCCGGAGCUGCAGAGGCGCAGAGCGGCCCCCACCUCCUCGGCUCGCCUGAGGAGAGCCGAUCCCAGAGGGGCCAGGGGCUGCAGCGCAGACCGGCCUCCCCCCCGUCUUUCAUUGCAUUUCUCACCCCCACCCCCCGUACGCGAUCAACUCUCAGCCUCGCUAGAAGAGCGAAGCGCCGGCAUUGUGGGGGAGGGAAGGGGUACAGCGGGAAUUCUUCCAGUGCGAAAAUGCCCUCCCCUUGGGAGCCGUUGGGAGGAACGGUACCCGCGGGCCGGGGGCUGCGGGAGGCACGGGCACCUCAGAGCCCCGAGUGCGUCCAUGUUGGGGAAAGCGCUGCCCGCGGAGCCCCUCCCGCGCACCCGGGGUUCCCACGGCGCCCGGAGCGCCCCACGCCCCAGCGCGGCGAGGCUCCCGCUCCCUCAAGUUAG